UAUUUUAGACGGUCCCUACCGUCACACUGGCCUCACGGACUGCGCAUGCGCGCAAUGAACCUCGCUAGUUUCGUUUAGCUUAAAUUGCUACCGCUAAAGAUGGAAACCAUGAUUAGCGACGCUGUAAACCAUUUCGCAAGUGGAAAUGCAUCAGGUGAAGAGGAAGAGAAUAGACUCGGGACAUGUAAGGACAGUGACAGCGUGGAGAAACCCAAGCGAAAGAAACACAAACAUCACAGCAAGCACAAAAAACACAAACAUUCAUCAGUGGCGGAGAAGGAACACAGACACAAGCACAGACACAAGCAUAAAAAGCGCAGACACAGAGAUUCCUCCAGGGUGGAGGCCGGGGACAUCGAGGACACAGAUGAAAUAGUGUCACUGAAGAGGACCAGAUUAGACGACCUGGCAGCUCUGGAGGAUUUAGAAAAGCAAAGGGCGCUGAUCCAAGCAGAGCUCGAUAAUGAGCUGAUGGAGGGAAGGGUGCACUCAGGAAUGGGACUGAUACUGCAGGGAUAUAAUUCCGGCUCGGAAGAGGAUCUGGACGGGAAGGAGCGGAUGUGUAACGGCGGUGAGCAGAGGGAGACUCUAGAUCAGCUUUAUAAGGCUGGGGAACAAGAACGCCAACUGGUUGCUAACGACGCAGAACAAAGUCAGCACAGUUCCGUGGAUGAUGAAAGAUCGGGUCCUUGGCGGCAUAGCAGAAGCAAGUCUGAAGAGAAGGCAAUUGGCCAACAUAAAUCGGAUCGAAGAAAGAGUAGAACCGAGUCCGAUUCCGAUAACAAGGACAGAACUCAAGGUCCAUGCCCAUCUUUAGAGCCGAGGCCAUCCCAUAACGUUCCGCAGACCAGAGAUGGACGUCCAAAGUCCAGAUCUCCUGCGAUAUCCAGAAAACAGAAUAACACACGCAAGGAUCCCCGUUCGUUGUCUGCAGAGACAGAACCCGGAAGUAAAAGAGACCCUCCGUCUACAUUUCGACAGCCCGGGACCAGAAGUACCGAGCAUCCCAAAUCACCAGAGAAGGCAAGCCGCUCCAGAUCAAAAGACGGACAUGGUAGAUUACCCGAGCCUGACCGCAAGCGGGACAAGGACAAGACAACAGCCAAAUCUCCUUGUAAAGAGGUCUCAUCAGGCAAGGAGAACAGAUCUCCGCACAGACGGCACAUCCACAGUCCAGUACGGGACAGAUCUUCUCGCAGGAGUAGGGAACGUCAUUCCCCUCCACAGCCUCCCAACUGCCGCGGCGCCACCCACAACAGAUCUCCAGCCAGAAGGGAACGAUCUCGCUCCGUCGAUAGAAGACGGAGAGAAUCCGACCGUCAGAGACUCUCACCCGUCAGGUUCGAAUCGGACAGGAUGCGGUCCCGUGAUGAUGCAACCAGUUACAGUGGGCCGAAUCCUUCUCUGAGCUACAGAGGGAGGCCGAGCCGUUCCCCCAGGAGACGCACCAGCAGAUCUCCUCUUCCCAGACGGAGGUCUUUGGAGCGGGGCAGGCUGGGCCGCAGGCAGCCGGCACGUUCGGGAUCUCUGGAACGGAGGAGGAGAAGCAGAGAGAAGGACGAUAAGUUUAAGGGCAGUCUUUCUGAAGGCAUGAAAGCUGAGCAAGAUGAAUCGGACGAAGAAGUUUUGGAGGAUUUUGAUGUGGAUGAAGAGGAUGAGGAAGCGCUGAUCGAGCAGAGGAGACUCCAGCGUUUGGCAAUUGUGCAGAAAUAUAAGGGAUCGAAUGAGGACAACAGUAAGUCCGAGCCUGGCAGUCCUCAGAGUAGCUCCCACAGCCGCUCGCCCUCUCCGGAUGAUGUUCUAGAGCGAGUUGCAGCUGAUGUAAAGGCUUACGAGCAAGAGAACCUGGACACCUUUGAGGCCAACAUUAAGGCAAAACAAAAUCUGCUCACCCAGGAAAAAGAUGGAAGUAAUCAAAAGAAGCAGCUGGCUCCUGACAUGUUUACGGAGUCAGAUGACAUGUUUGCUGCACACUUUGACAAUGCAAGGCUGUGUGCAGCAGGCAUCGGGAAGGACUUUAAGGAGAACCCCAGUCUCAGGGACAACUGGACAGAUGCCGAGGGUUAUUAUCGGGUGAACAUCGGUGAGAUGUUGGACAAACGAUACGAUGUUUACGGCUACACCGGGCAGGGUGUGUUCAGUAACGUCAUCCGUGCGAGGGAUCUGGCCCGAGCCGGUCAAGAAGUUGCUGUGAAAAUCAUACGCAACAAUGAGCUCAUGCAGAAGACAGGCCUCAAAGAGCUGGAGUUCCUGAAGAAGCUGAAUGAUGCAGACCCCGAUGAUAAAUUCCAUUGUGUGCGUCUGUUCAGGCACUUCUACCACAAGCAGCACCUGUGUUUGGUGUUCGAGCCACUCAGUAUGAACCUGCGGGAGGUCCUGAAGAAGUAUGGUAAAGAUGUGGGGCUCCACAUCAAGGCAGUGCGCUCGUACAGCCAGCAGCUCUUCCUGGCCCUCAAACUCCUCAAGCGCUGCAACAUCCUUCAUGCUGACAUCAAACCCGACAACAUCUUGGUGAACGAGUCUAAGACCAUACUGAAGCUCUGUGACUUUGGCUCCGCAUCCCACAUAGCUGAGAAUGACAUCACACCGUACUUGGUCAGCCGGUUCUACAGAGCACCUGAGAUCGUCAUCGGAAAGCCAUAUGAUUAUGGAAUCGACAUGUGGUCUGUGGGUUGCACGCUGUACGAGCUGUACACGGGGAAAAUCCUCUUCCCUGGAAAAACCAACAACCACAUGCUGAAACUUGCUAUGGACCUUAAAGGGAAAAUGCCCAACAAGAUGAUCAGGAAAGGCUUGUUCAAGGACCAACACUUUGAUCAAAACUUGAACUUCUUGUAUACCGAGGUAGAUAAAGUUACAGAACGGGAGAAAGUGACCGUCAUGAGCAGCAUCAACCCCACUAAGGACCUACUCAACGACAUGGUUGGUCGUCAGAGACUGCCAGAGGACCAGCGGAAGAAGGUGGUUCAGCUCAAAGACCUGCUGGAUCAGAUUCUGGUGCUCGACCCAGCCAAGCGGAUCAGCAUCAACCAGGCCCUGCAGCAUCCCUACGUCCAGGAGCGGAUGUAACUCUCAUACCCACACUUCUGAGGAUACACAGCACCAAGUCCUUGAAAAGUCUGACAACUGACAACAAAGUGACGGUUUUGUAUCUGUCUGCAGGCAUGACUGAAUAGAUGAAGAGACAUUUUAAUGUCUAAGUAAAGUUAAAAUGUUUUGUUUUGUUUUGUGCUUUCUGAAUGCACAUUAUUAUCUUUGCUUUCAGUUUUAAAUUUAUGAUCCCCUGAUAAAAGAGGCCCCCCCCCCGCCGAAUUUUAUUUGGGGUGCUUCACUAGGUGAACACUAGGUUAAAUCUUAUUUUCUUUUAUGUUCAUGCUAUAAUUGAUACAACUUGAAAGCAGCAACAAAAAAAAAAUAACCAUCUAUAUAUAUGUAUAUGUACUGGUGUUUGAAUAGUCUGAGCCCUCCCCUAACACUGUACGUGAUGAUGUGAGUUCAGGAUAAAUGCCGUCUAUAUCCGCAUCUCCCUCAGGUGCUAGAGCGACAGCGCCCACUGGUGCAUGGGCCUGUAGGUGUGCGUCUGCUGAAAUUGGAGCUCUUGAGCCCUACCUGAGCCUGUCUGCAGGGAAGGCCUCCUCUGUAAAGGCAGGUUGUGUUCCUCUAUCAGUACACUGAAGGUAAGCUCAGCCGGCCAGAACUGCCAGUAUACGGUUCCUCUAUUAUACAUUUUGGCUGAAUGUCCAUCAAAACAAAACAAAAUGCUCAUUUUCUGGCAUCUUUUGCAUGUAGAACCGAGGAAUGGUCUAAACCAGUCGCCCUUCCACAGAGCCAAAGUUAAAUCCUUAAAAAAAAAAAAAAGUUCUUGCAUAAACAAGUCGGAGAAAGGAAUUCCAAGGCAGUCACUAUCGCUGUUAAGGGGAUAUUCCUCAUCUGCUCUAUGAAUCUGCUUGUUUUGAGCGGUAAUUGAUUCUUUACUUCAUAUUGCUUUAUUGUUCUAAUUAAGACCCAGAGCUAGCUCAUUCGACUUGUAUAAUAUCCAUACCUCGUUCUGCAUGUUAAAAAAAAAAAAAUUAGUUUGCAUAAUUGUACAUUUAUAAUUGUGUGUUACAAGUCUAAAAUAAAAUAUACCAGUCUAAAAUAAAGAAAAUGCUUGAUGUGGAGGAAAAAGUAAGAAAAAUAUGGUCAUAGACCUCCCGGUCUGUUUUUGUGUGCACCCAGUGGCAGGUAAUCAUGGUUUUAGAUACCAUACACUAUACAUUUCGUAAGUUUCACUGACACUAACUGCUGUUUGUGAUGUUUCUCCCACUGUUCCCUUGUGGUUGCUGAGAGAGCGAGAGAGAGAUUAUAUUCUCCAGCCAAAGGAGGCUCUUCUCUGUGCACCAUCCUCCAGCCUGCCUCUGCUCUCAAAGAGACAAGACCUCCACAAGACCCCUUGCCCAGGUCACUCUUAAAGGCAUGUGUAGCUCCAACAUAGCAUAGACAGAAAUGACCAGUCUAACUGAAAUGGAGGGUGUUGAAAUUUCUGCUUUGCUCUUGAGUUUGUGCUUUCCCAGACCUUUCAUACAUCCCCUUCACACUACUCAGUAUUUGCCUACAGUCUUAUUUUUUUUUUUUCAUCUUUAAGCAGUGUGAAUGCAUAUAACUGAUUAUAGUGUGAAAAUAGACAUUUUGCUAUUCAUCAUUUUAGCUCUGCUAAAGUUCAUAGUAAACAUGGGCUCUAGUUUUGGGCUUUGGAUUAUUCCAAGUCUCAAACCAAUCUAAUUUGAAUUUUUAUAUAAAUGAUUAUGAAUGAGGAUCAGCAAAAUAUCUUUGUGUCCGUGUGUAAUGGGUAUUAACGGUAAAAAUUCAAGGGAGCUGAUGAUUGCGCAACACAUUUUCUCACAGAUUACCCCUAAUGAUGUUAUAAGCUCUUUACCAGAUGUUCAUGAAAAGUCAACUCAAAGACUCAUAGUGGUAUUGCUUGAAUCGUUAACAUUUUUGUGUACUUUAUAGCAUGUAGUAUAUAUUGUGUUAUCAAAGUGGAAGCUAGAAUACAUUUAGCCUUUAAACAAGUCAGUUAAGUGAACAGACUGAUGUUUUAUGCAUCGCUUCAGAUUGUACUGACGUUGGUGAAUGACUGUUAACCACACUGGGGGAAAAAAAGAGAUACUGGUUCAUUUGUUCUCUGUAUUUUAGGUGCUGUCCGUUAGAGAAGACUCUUAAAGGGACUCACAUCUAACCAAAGGUUUUUGCUUUAGAGAGUGAUCUUUACUAGUUUUUCCUUUACGCAACACUUUUACACCAAAUGACACCUCAUUUUGCUUAUCAGUCUUCAUUUGUCAGCCAUUAAUCACUGUCUGAGCCAUAGUUCUGCAGGUAGAGUUAUGUUAUAAAGUGUCGCACCACUUGGCUGGAAAGAAAUAAGUAAUGGAGAUUUCUGGGGAACUGUGUAGGCUUUUGAUUAAAGAGCAUCACAAAAUCUGGAAUAAACACCUCCAAACAGCCAGCCCAUGCCACCUGCAGAGAGUCUCUCAUAGUUUCACUUCAGUUGUAUUACAUUUAUAGGAAGUCCUUUCUUGUUUUCUGAAACAUUGUAAUAAAUUGGUGGUAUAGCCAAAUUGACCAACUGCCAGGUAAUACCCUUCUUUUUUCACUGAGCCGUGUCUUUACGCACGAUCCUCAACACUAACCUGAAUUUGUCUUUAUUUUAGGGUAAGUCAACAUUUCCUGUUCUGAUCACUAGACAGGCCUACAAAGAGGAUAACCUGAGUAGUCGCCCACCCUUUUGCUGAAAUCCCUUUUAAAAGAAGCCCAUCGUCUCUUCACUUAUUCGCAGACAUGAGGACUUUUCAAAUGAACUGUUCAAAUACUGCAUUCAUAUUCAUUUAACAGAUGUACAGUGUAUAAUGACAAAUAUAUAUAUAUAAAAA